GUUGCUUCGAAGGGAAGUAAAACGUUCUUCACUCGUUUCAUCAUCAUUCUUCCAUUCUGCAGAAUGAGGCUGUGCGUCGUGCUUCUCUUUGUUUCUCUGCUGACAUCAUGUGAAACACAAGGAACCAUUGAGACUCCUGUGUUUGUGCUGAAGGGACGUGAUCUGCUCCUGAAGCUUCAUGCUGAUCCUCCUGAGGGGGUUUUAGCUGUUGACUGGAAAAUCAAUAAAACAGUCACUUUAGUAAGAUUUGAUCCUAGUGGAAAAGCAACUGCAACUCUAAGGUUUGAGUUAGGUGGGAAUAAAUUCUCUGUGAUAUUGAAGAAUCUCCAAGAGGCCGACAGUGGAGUUUAUUCUGCUGUAGCAUUAACAUCUACAGUAGACAAGCUAGUAGCUGAAUACAAGGUCACAGUUCAAGGACCAGUGUCUCCAGUUGAACUGACCGUGGACCGAGUGGACUCCAACAGCUCAGAGUCAUGUGACCUCCAUGUGACCUGCAGGACUCACAACUCUCACAUCAACAGCACUUUCAGAUGUGUCGACCGGGUCUGCAGUCAGGAGGGAGGAGAGCGAUCAGAGGUCACGACCUCUGGGGCUUCUCUCCAGGUCUACCUGCUGAACAACGUGAUCAUCUGUAACCAUAGCAACCAGGUUCACUGGACCCAGGACUUUAAUACGACUGAACAUCUUUGCUCCUUAAAACUUGAUCCUCCCCUUCGCUAUGGCUGGAUGAUUGUUAUUUGCAUUCUCACUGUCAUUGUCAUCAUUAUUAUGGUUCUAUUCGUCUGGCUUCAUCAUCAAAGGAGAACAUUCAGUUCAAGACAGAGUGUUGAUAAUGUGAUUUAUGAAGCUGCUCAGGAUGAAACAUCAGCAUCACGUCAGGAUCAGAACGACGUCACCUACAGCUCAGUGAAGUUUCACUCUAGAUCUCUGCAGGCAGCCGGGGCGACAGACACGGAUCAGUCAGACACCCUCUACGCUACGGUGAAGAAACCUGGCAGGUCCUUCAACUAAUGAAGAGGAAAGAUUCCCCAAAUCCUGGAAUUCUGUUGGAAGUUUUCAGUGUUAUCAAAGCUUUCUAUGUAUUAGUUUAUGUGACCUGCUUUAAUGCUGAAAGAUUAAAUGUGUCACUGGAGAGAGCUUAAAAAACAAUGAAUAAAUGUUACUAAGCAUCAGAAGCAUCACAAAUAGCAAUAUUAGCAGGGGUGAAAGUAGUUUUUAUUUCUUGGUGGUACUAUGAUACGUCACUGACGUCACACGUGACAUUUAGCCUCUUCUGGGUCCAGAUCUAAAAACAAUGGCGGAACGUGUUAAUUUAUUUACGAUCACGUCCUACUUUAGUGAUGCACCCUUGGUGGUCAAAAAGGGUUUAAGCUUAGUUUAGUCAAUUUAGUAGUGAAGCAUAAUUCCGCUUCAUGAUGACUGCCGACCUCAUGAGAGGGGCCCCUUGAGGGGGACCCGAUAACAGUGUCAUUGCACUUUACUGCAUUGACUAUCAAAGGGGCCUCACACAGUUUGUCGUUGCAUUUUAUUCUUAACCAGUCGUUGUCUCGGGGCCCCAAGCAGUUGCUUGUUUUGCUUGCCUUGUCGCGACGGGCCUGUGUGCGUGUGUCCUAAUUUCUUCCCGGUACGGCGCACUGGCUUACUUUCACCACUGGAUAUUAGUAAUUACAUCUUUUACAUUUAUGAUCAAUGUAUAUGUUGUUGUCCCUGCAGGAUGUUUCUUCUGUUGUUGUCUUGUUUUAUUUUGUUUCUGGGUAACUUCACUUCCUGUCUCCCCCUGUGAUUGUGUGCCUGCCUGAUCGUUUCCACAUGUGUCCAAUCACCUGCACCUCCCUUGUGUAUUUAAGCCCUGUGAGUCUCUUGUCGCAUAAUUGUUGUCUACUGCUGUCUACAGGUCUCGUCCUUGUCAUGCCAAGUAAUUCUUAGUUCAUGUUGUUUUCUUUCGUACGAUUUUUGUUUUUUUCCCCCUCCUUCCCCUUUUUCAUCGGUUGGAGUGAUUUUGAGUUUUUUUUUUUUACUAGUGAUGACAAAGUGAAGCUUUCUGAUCCAGUGAAGCUUUCCAGCCAAUUGUAUCAGAAAAAAGUUCAUUCAUUCAAUGCCUCGCAAACUCUAUGAGGACCUCUGCUGUUGAAAACUUGUAGUGCAUGUUUCAAAUACACUACCAGUAUAUUUUGGCCCAGUCUCUGUGGGUUGAACAUGAUUAUGAAAGGUUGAACCAAUAACUCAUCUAAUAAAU